UAAUGCUGGAGGAGUCUGCACUGUUUCUUCAAAGAAUAUAGUUGCUUUUACACGCAUCACAACGAGACAAGAUGCUUACAGACAUCGCAUACCAGUCUGUACUGUGUGUGUAAUGGAUCUUAAUUGUCCAUAUGAGCCACAUGUGAUUCUGGAGUCAACAAACACUGUAAUUUCCCUGGUGUUCAACAGUGAAGGUUCUCAACUCCUUGUGGUGCUAAGCUUAGGAACAGUGCAGCUUUUCACCAAAGGCUCAGGUCUACAUGAGUGGCCCUCUACACAUACAUGUGAUUGGGAUGGUGAAGAUAUUCUCCACAUAAACUUCUUCCAUGGAGGAAUUAGGGCUAGUCUUCAAUCCAGCGAUGUGAAAGUGCAUUCCCCUUACACUGAAAAAAUUGUUGCACACUUACAUAAACCUACACUUGUAGACCAUGGCCAGUGUGCACAAAAUGGCUUCUUUGCUGUCUCUGCUUCAGGUCUAUUGCUUGUAUGUGUUUUAACACAUGAGGGAUGUGUCUUGGUGGAGAAAAAGGUUGUCUUGGGUCAAACACGGGAUAAUUUCACUGUUGCUACUGCUGCACUAGCACCAAGUGGACACAUCCAUGUAGCCACCUGGAAGCCUGAAAUGAUAAAGUGCUGGCGUGCAGAACUUAAGAUAACACACCAAGAUUGUGCUGGGGGAAAGGGUGACCUCAACAUUACUAUUGAAGCUGCUCAGUCUUUUUGUCCAUUCCGAUCAAGCACCACCUGGCAUAACUCUCAAAAAAGUGAAGGUCUAGUACAAGUGACAUGUCUGCACUACACAGAGGUAGAAGAUCCUAACAGUUUGUUGGUAGCACUCACUGUAGAGCGACCAGCUGAAGCAUCUCCUACGCAACAAGCAAAUAACACCUGUAGCACAGGCACAGUUUCUCAUCUUGUUCAGAAAUACCAGUUGCAGGAUCAGAUGCGUCCUCUUCUCAAGCUCUUUAAGCCAAAAUCUGAUUCAGCCGGAAUUUCAACAAAGGAAUGGGCUUGUGUUGGAGAAUGGGUUUCAAACAGCCAUGUGGUAGUUCUGGGAACUGCCCCUCGUCAUCUCUUACCAGGUCCACCAGGUGCUCAGCUUCCAUUUAUCAUCACUGCUGCCACUGCUGAUGCCUUCAUUUAUUCAAUCAACAGAGAUAACAUGCAACAGAUGAGCAGUCACAAUUUGCUGAAUAUUCGUGGUAGUGGUGAUGACAUUCCUGUCAGUAAACGUGUAUACCUUGAUCGACGUUUGGUCUCCCUAGCCCACACCUGGAGUGGAUUCUCUGUGCUGGCUAUGGAUACCUCAGGCUGUCUUCACUUCAUUACGCUUAUGAGACCAGCUGAUGUAGGUCCACAGUGGGCAAUAUCAGUAAUUCUGUUACUAGAAUUUGCAUUGGUUAGUGGCAAUGAUUGGUGGGACUUACUGGUAUCCACUCCUCCAACAUCCGUCCCUACACUAACAGAAAAACUCUCUGAGACCUUCCACCAGCAUUCUGCUCCUAUCAUUCAGCACCUUCAUACACGGUUUCUCGUCAUGAAAACAUCAAUGUUGAGACUACUUGGAAGUCAGCAGCAAAAAGCUAUAGAAGCACGACUACAAGCACAGCUGACUGCAACACAACAACUAUUUAGGUCCCUUCGGCCUGUUACUUGUGAUGUUGCUUCUGCAGAUAAAAAUAUAAGUGCAUCUGUACAGGGAUACCUAGAAAGCCGCUCUUCUCUUGAUAUUCUGGAUAUUGAGAAAUCAUUGGAUCACUUGUGCAGUUCAGUAAAUAUCAAGGACUGUCAAGUGGAUCCAGGACAGUUGCAGAACCUUCAACCAUUACUGCAGUUUGCAGCUGACCUCGCACUUUUUAUUCUUUUCAUGCUGGCCCAGAAUAGUAAGUUUGAGUUAGCACGAGACCCAAAAAUAGUUCAAAGUCUGCGAGAGCUGAUUUUUGUGGCAAGAUUAUGGCACCGUCAGAAUAAAUUAGUUCUUCCUCAAAUGUUCCACAAGACACAAUCUGUUGAUGUUUGGGCACAAAUCUAUAAGAUUUUGACAAGAUUGGCACAGAUUCUUCCUGCAGACCCAGAUUCUAAUUUAAUAGAUGAAUGUGUGCUACUGGAGACACAAGUAGUGUGUCGUGAGUUACCUCUGUAUGUUCCUGCUCGGGGAGUGCUAGCAGACAUGGUAUCAUCAGCACCAAUGCCACUUCAGUAUGAAUUUGGUCAAGUAGAGACAAGCAGCAUGAGUAGUGCUGGUGGGCAACCUCGUAUCCUGGAAGGAGCUUUACCACCAUUACAGAUGCUCGACCCUCUUCAUUACCAUUACAUUGCACCUCAAGAGCCAAAAUUCAACUGCACACGAUGUUGUAGCGUACGAGCUAGUUGGUGGGGAGAUUCAGAGAGUGCAUGGGACCAACAGUGGGCUUCCAACUGUAUUUGUUCUGGCCACUGGACACACCCUCCAGUUUCUCCAUCUAAAGCAGCAUAAUACAUUAGUAACCUUUGGAAUGUAAUGUUUAGUGUCAAAUAAUACUUAAAUUUAAGACCAGUUUUAGGAACACAACUUGAUUUUGUUAGAUCAUAUUGAUAUAUCUUCUUGUUGCAUUAUAGUAUUACACCUUAUUAAUAAUAUUAAUGUUUUGCUGGUACAAUAUAUCAGAGAAAGUAGAUUUUAGAACCAAUGUACAGUAUUACUAAUGACAUUAGGGUGGAAAAAUCAAUGUUUAAUUUUGAAUGAACAUUUAUUUAUUGUGUUGACUGAGGAACAGUAUUCUUAUGCCUCAGACCCUCAUGUAGUUAUUUCAUGAAGGGGCAUCUAGCACCACUAAGAAUUAAGAAACCAUACCAUGGGCGGGGUUAGAACCUGCGAUCAGAGAGUCUCAAAACUACAGACUGUCGCGUUAGCUAAUGUGACGGUCUGGAGUUUUGAGACUCUGAUCGCGGGCUCUAACCCCACCCGUGGUAUGGUUUGUUUGCAAUCAUGUCAUUACAAU